AUGGAAAGUUCAGAGUCCUCAAAGCAAAAUGUCGAUUUUGACAGUGUGAGGUUUGCCACGAUGUGUAAUCCUCCGAAGGAUAGGGAUGUUGGCGAGAUUAAUCUUGAAAAUGUACCAAGCUACGUCGUGGAAGAGAGCCAUUUGGAAAUUAUCAGAGCUGCUGACCCACAAGAUAUCGUCGAAUUCGACACAAAAAACGACAUCCAGUUAGUCGAAUAUUCUGCAUAUGAUGAUAGGAAAGACACAGUUUCGACGAAUCAGGAAGACAAUAAUGAUUCUCCAAACUCAAGCCAGGGCUCUGUUCCUGCAUUGGAUUUCGACACUGAACAUGGAUAUGUUACCGCGCCGGAGCCGGAGUCGGAUUGCAGGCAAGUUUAG